UGUGAAAUGACUGAAUCCAGUUAUGUUGGCGGAACAAUGUCCAAUCAAUGUAGUUAUGUAAAGCAAGGUACAGGUCAACAUAAUGGUGAAAAACCAUACUCUCGUGAUGAGUGUGGUCAGAGUAUCACUGCAUCUGGUCAUUUGACGAACCACAAAAGAAUACACACCUGCGAUAAACCGUACCCAUGCAAUAUAUGUGGUAAGAGUUUCAAUAAAUCUAGUAAUUUGAAGAGACAUAGUAGAAUACAUACCGGUGAUAAACCGUACCCAUGCAAUAUAUGUGGUAAGAGUUUCAAUAAAUCUAGUAAUUUGAAGAGACAUAGUAGAAUACAUACCGGUGAUAAACCGUACCCAUGCAAUGUGUGUGGUAAGAGUUUCAGUGAAUCUGGUCAUUUGAAGAGACAUAGUAGAAUACAUACCGGUGAUAAACCUUACCCGUGCAAUGUGUGUGGUAAGAGUUUCAGUUUAUCUGGUCAUUUGAAGACACAUCGUAGAAUACAUACCGGUGAAAAACCUUACCUUUGCAAUGUAUGUGGUAAGAGUUUCAGUGAAACUGGUACAUUGAAGAGACAUAGUAGAAUACAUACCGGUGACAAACCUUACCCGUGCAAUGUGUGUGGUAAGAGUUUCAAUAAAUCUAGUAAUUUGAAGAGACAUAGUAGAAUACAUACCGGUGAUAAACCGUACCCAUGCAAUAUAUGUGGUAAGAGUUUCAAUAAAUCUAGUAAUUUGAAGAGACAUAGUAGAAUACAUACCGGUGAUAAACCGUACCCAUGCAAUGUGUGUGGUAAGAGUUUCAGUGAAUCUGGUCAUUUGAAGAGACAUAGUAGAAUACAUACCGGUGAUAAACCUUACCCGUGCAAUGUGUGUGGUAAGAGUUUCAGUUUAUCUGGUCAUUUGAAGACACAUCGUAGAAUACAUACCGGUGAAAAACCUUACCUUUGCAAUGUAAGUGGUAAGAGUUUCAGUGAAACUGGUAAAUUGAAGAGACAUAGUAGAAUACAUACCGGUGAUAAACCAUAUACAUACGACAUUUGUACGCUGAAAUUUACUCAUAAGCAAUCCCUUGUUAAACAUUUAUAGAAACAUAUGUUAUAAUAAUAACUUGUAUAUUUCUCUUGUGUCUCUAGUCUUGUGCCUCCUAGUUAGUUUGUAAAUAUGAACCGGUUUCUGUGU